AUGCCUAAAAUACUUUUAAAUCUUAUAAUCUUAAUAAUCUAUUGGAGAAAUUCUCUAUCAGCACCUAUCUCAGAUUUCACUAAGCCAACUACACUUCCUAAAUAUUUUGCAAUUGAUGUCGAUGGUACAUUCUUCAUAAAGGAUCAAACAAAAUUCCAAAAUAACGUAGAAGCGUUUAAAAAACUAAAAGAAAAGAACGUUACACCUUUCUUCUGUACAGGACGUGAUCUAGUAUGUACUAAGAGACUAAUUGGAGACUCUUUUUUUAACGAAACAGGAUACCAAGGCUUUCCUGGCUUAUACCUGAAUGGGGCAUUGAUUUAUGGUUCGGAUGGAAAUUUGCUGUUCGUGAGCAAGUUUACAAAAGAACUCAUUGGGAAAUUUGUUAAAUACUUCAGUGAUAAAGGCCUUGUGAAUAAAGUUUUUUAUUAUACCAUUGAAGCCACCUUUUCAUUAGAAGAAAUAUAUACUGAAGGAAUGCAAGCUAUUAGAUCUUGUUCUAUAACAGUUCCAGCUGUUGUAACUCUCGAAGAAUUAAAUUCUAAGGAUAUAAUAUCAAUGACAGUAUUCAAAGAUGAUUUGAGUGAUUGUGAGCAUAUGAAAGAAGUACAUUCGGUUGUAUACACAAGUCACGCUAUAACAAGUAUAACACCUUCCAAAAACAACAAAAAAGCAGGUCUUAAAAAACUGUUAGAACAUCUUGGCUCUAACGAAAAUGAGUGUGCAUUCAUAGGUGAUGAUUUGAAUGAUAUUGAACCUAUGGAGUACUGUUAUCUUUCAUUUGCAGUUGCUGAUGCCAAAGAUGAGGUUAAAACUAAAGCAAAAUGGGUGUUAGAAGAAAAACAUGAUGAAUGCGCCUUUGAAAAGGUAGUAAAACUACUGUAUGAUGAUUAA